CACACACGCGCCAUCGUUAUUUGCCUUUGCUCCUCGAUGGCGCAACCCAGGUCUACGUCUCUGCUGUUGGCGCGAUACCUGCAGGUGUUACACUGCUCCUCUAUCUAGCCGUGGGCAAUGGCUGCAUCAUAGCCGCAGCUCGGCCAGCGGCAGGCGGCUUCCUCCACAGUCCAUACUCCGGAGCCGCUGGCUGUUGCGGUGGUGGACGCAAGAUUCUCUCCAAAGAUCGCAUCUGGAGCUGACGUAAACUGGACGCCCUGUUAACUUUCCGGUGUACUCCAUGCGAGCACGUCCGUUCGAUGCGGAGGGGGCGUGCCCGCGCCCUGUUCGGCAGAAUUCCCCACCGAGGUCCCCGGCGCCGGAGCCCAGUCGGCCGUGGCUGCCUGUCCCUUACAGUGCAAUGCAGUGCGGCCCGCGUGCCGUGGUGGGUCUCGAGGGGUUGCGUCCGUGCUAAGCAAGAACCGUCAGGCUGGCCUUGGUCCGGCCAUGGCCAUGGCCAGGCCUUUUGGCUGGGGAGUGCUGUGCCAUCUUCGGCAAGGCUGUAAACGGUGGGCUCGGCUCUCCGUUUCAAACUGUUCAGUGGUUUUGUUCUUACACUGGAACAACAAAAGGCACGCAAUGCCAUGCACAAAAGAGAUGACCGUCGUGCAGAUGCAGAACUGAUCUCUGCGGUAACUGCUGGAUCACGAGUUGGUUGAGUGGAUUUCUGUUAAAAAUGGGAGACGUGGUGCCAUUAUCGAUGUAUAUUCUGGAUGAUUGGUGGACACAGUGGCAGGCUGCUUUAACAUGGGUGGGUCAGCCAGACAAGUUCACCAUGGUGAGCGUCGCCCCAGCGGUCCAAGUCCUGCACAAGCUAGCCGUUCUCAACAGAGGAGCAUGUGCAAAGGUUCACUUACAUGGCCAGGAUUUGUCUCACCGAUGGAGGAUCCACUGGUAAGUGUAUGCCGAAACCUGAAACUUCGUCAGCAUUGCACAGUUGCACGUACAGUUGUCAGUUGAUAAAUCCAGGGGAGUCAGCGAGCGGCAUAGAUGAUUUUUUUUCCUGAAAUAUUGUCUGUGGUAUAUAUUACUGGCAAAUGGGAAGAUGAAGAGGCUACCUGUACCUUCCACUAAAGAAUUGUAUGUUUAGAUUAAUAUGUCAAUUGCACAGUGCAUUCCCUUCUGUCCAUUUGCAUUGCCAUCCAUACCAUCAGAGAUAUCUAAGAUAUAGGUUCAUAAUACAAUGAAAUCACUGAUGUGCUGCCCUUAGUGGAACUUCUCAGGUUGAGUUUCCAGCAUAUAUGAUGUGUCAUCUAGAAUCUCCAAGAUUCAAAUUCAUCCAUUAUUUUCCUUAUGGAUUAUCUGAUAUUUUGCUCAUUACAGUUCGUACUGUUAUGUUUGGAUAUUAGUAGAUUUUCAUGGCCAUUCCAAGGAGCAUGUUGCUGGUAUAUUAUGAACUGCCCUAGUUUAUCAGAUCAUCUCAUAUGAUUUUUUUUAGACGUGCCUUUCACAGGGGAGGUUCUUACAUUAGAUUUUCUUUAUUUGGUAAAAAUGGUGCCAAUAGCUGGAGCGGGUGUUCUGAAAGAUCUGCACGAAUGUUUAGAGCCUGUCAAUGUUCCAGUGCUUAGCUAAACCAGGUAAAUAUCCUUGAAGUAUUCAUUUUUUCUAGAACUGAUCUUGAAUCUUGACAUUGGAGUGGCAUGUCCCCUACAAUACACAUAUUCUUAACAACUAAGUUGGAUAUGAAACUAUUGUCAUAUUACGGUUGACUGCGAGAAAAAGGGGCAUCAGAAGACACAUCAUUGAAGUUCUGUUUACAUGUCUCUGGUCAAAACAUAUUCAGUAAGGUGAAUUACAUUGAUGUAUAUUCAGAUAUUAGUACAUUUUCAUGACCAUUCCAUGGAGAUUGCUGCUGGAAUAUUAUGAACUUCCCAAGGUUAUCCGAUAAUCUCAUAUGAUUUAUUUUAGGCGUGCCUUUCCGAACGGAGGUUCUUACAUUUUUUUUUAGAACUUCGGAAAGGGUUUCCCCCUACCUAAAAUUUAUUAAAAAAAGGGGGACCUAAGGCAGCUCAAAGUUGUACAUGCAAGAGAUUACAGGGAGGAAAAACAUCUAGAGAAAAAGCAAAAACACACAGAGAAGGGAAAUUAUAUAGUCCAAUCUGCUAGCCAAUGUUGGAUAGAAGCCUUCUCCUCAUGUUUGGCUCUAAGAGCCCAAAGCUUGCAGGUGUCCAUGCACUGCUUGGCAACUAUGUGAACUGGGGUUUCAACAUCAUCAAAAACUUUCCUGUUUCUUGCCAACCAGAUUUGCUUUGUUUGGUAAAAUGGUACCAAACUGCCAAUAGCUGGAGCGGGGUGUUCUUAAUGAUCUGCAUGAAUCCUUAGAGCUUGUCAAUGUUCUUUCUCAGACAAACCAGGUAAAUAUCUUUGCCGCUUUCAUUUUUCUGUAAUUGAUCUCCAUCCUUGAUUUUGUAGUGACAUGCCCCCUAUAAAACGCAAGUUCUUGACAACAAUCAUGAAACACUGGUGUGGGUCCUAUUUUUGGCUUUUGAACUGCUAAACGACCAGUAGGAUAUCAGAUAUAAUUCAAGAAUUUAGAAGAUUACUAGGAGACUACUAAUGCUCUCUCAACUGCAAGAAUGACAUAUAAAACAACAUCUGAGUAAAAUACGUUAUAUUAUGAGAAAUGAACUAAGUUGGAAAUGCAACUAUUCUUGUAAUAAGUAAUAUGUUCUAUCCUCUAGUUAAUAGAAGCUGCUAGUGACCACAGCAUAGUCUAUCAUUUCCUCCUCCAGAAAAAACCGGUAUCAGAAGACGUAUCUCUGAAUUUCUCUUUAUCUGUCUCUGGUCAAAUCAUACUCAUUCAGGUGCCUUAAGUUGUUGUUCAAUGGUCCUUUAUCUAUAGCAUUCUAUUCUGUUACAUUUGCAAUCCUCUGCAUCAUGACUCUGCAUCUACCUCUUCACUUUAACUUCGAUUUUUUGAUUCUAUCUGGUCCCUCUUUAGUUAUUACUACAUAAACUUCUUAAUCCUGCAUUGUCGUAUUUAUGAUUCUAUCCGCAUCUACUUUUAGUACAUCCACGGCCACUUCGCAAUGCUUCCCAUCAACUGCUGAUUAGCAACUGUGGCUGUUACUGCACUAAUGUCAGUACUGCAGAGAAACAUCGGUCUAAUAGGACAUUCAUUCUUACCUUUUUUUUCCCACUAUGCUCAGUGUUCAAUACCUCUAGUUAAUAGAAGCUGCUAGUGACCACAGCGUAGUCUCCUCCAGGAUCUAACUAAUAAAAUUGUCAUCUGGUGAGUGGAACCGUUGAUGUUCCCGUGUUAGAGCAUCUCCAGUCGUGUCCCUCAAAGGGAUUUGGGGCACGUCGGACAAUUGACCGCACCCAGCCGCGCGCCCCAAAGGUCCUUUUAAUGUUCGUCGCCCUGAGCCUGUCCCCGCUACACAAGGGUGGUUGCGGGCGCGCCAGGCGCAACGCGGGGGCGACAUGGCGACUACCGGGCUAGCCGUUUCGUCGACAUAGAGUUGGCCAUGCGGCAUGUCUUCUUAUUUAUAAGUAAGCCUGUCGCCUACCUUUGGUCCCGCUCAGGUCAGACAGGGAGACGUCUCGUCGCGGUGAGAUGUUUCGUCGCGCAUGGCCAUGCACGCCGGCGUUAAUACGCCCUACCGCCCCUCACCUGCCUCCGCUCUAUAAAAAGGCGUGCUCGCGCACCGCCCCCUCUCUCACACAUACCUUGCCGCCCCACCCCUCCUCAUGCGCAGGCAGCUGAAGGCGCCUCCACACGCACUCCAUGGUGUCAGGUUCCAGGGGCAGGGGUCGCGGUCGCCGGGGAAGGGGAAGGGGCCGUUGCCAUGGACGAUUGGCAGGGGCAGUGGACGAUCACCGACACCGAUGGAGGAAGACACGGCCGGUUUCGCUGACCUCUCCGACUUCGAGUUUUCAUCCCUAUCUAGGAAAACCCUUGAGCAAAAAGUUACGCGGAUUGUUCCCCCAGAUCUAUGCAAACAUCGCUUCUGAUCUAUUUCGGCCGCUAAGUUUGCGCACUUUCUUGAUGGCCAGGGGCCCGCCGAGGUGAAACUACGGGCCAACGGCUGCGCUGCUUGCAUGUGGCCCGUGGAGGUCCUUUUUCGACGGGCAAGGCCAGAUCAACCUCGUCAACGGUUGAGAACAGUUCACCCGCGCACACAGGGUAGAGAUCGGUUGCUUCCUAAACUUCACAUACGUCAGCAGGGAUGGCGUGCUCACCAUGAAGGUGUUCGAUGACACAAUGUGCCGUAGGCACUCCCACUGUGACAGCGACGAGACACAAUGCGCCGAAGCCUCUAGUUCAGGUUUAUGUUGGUCACUACUAUGUAAAAAGGCAAGUAUUGGUAGUUUUAUUUAAAUUUCCGCUACAAAGAAAAAAGUUUUUGGCGACCUGUUUAGGGACGUGGCAAGGAACGGUCGUCCCCCAAAUGCGGCACGAAGUGCCGGCGGCCCCCAAACAGCCGAUCCGGCGCUUCUGCCAAACGUCGUUUGGCGGAUGCGACUGGAGAUGUUCUUGUCUCUCCUUUGAUACCACAAAGUGAUCAAGGAGCCACAGGAGGACAACCAUUAAUGAUAGACCUAAAACACUGCUACAACUGGAUUUCGUCCGCAAGGCAUGUAGCGGGGGUGGUGAUGAGUAUACCGAGCCAUACGUCUGACCGGGCCUUGGGCUGGGCCGGGAAAAGCCCGACUGCAGAAGACUAGGCCCAAGCCCAUCCAAAAGCCCGGAAAGCCUGUCGGGCCGCGGGCUGGGAUCCAUCAUUAAAUGCUGAUUUUGGACUACCCAGGCCUGGCUCGGCAGUCGGGCCAACAUUUUUGGGCCCAGGCCCAACAGUUUCGGGCCAGGCUGGGCCGGGCUGCCCAUGGCCAGACAUGGUGACGAGGCUCACCAUGGCACCAACUUGGGCAAGGAGAUGAACCACAUCAAUCAUGAGGAUGGUGUGGCACUGUGGCAUGCCUUGAGCCACAAAUGCAACCAAUAUAUUCUGCACCGAGUCAAGUGCCAUCUUGGUAGUCCGUGCUUAUUGUUUCUUCAGAUAAAAUGGUCUUAUUCCCAUAAAUCACCAUCCGAUCAUAUGUAAUAAUCAUUGCUUUUGGUGUUGUUAUACAUAUAAAUACCACAAAUUAAUAUCCUGAUAUACACCUGAGCAAGUCGGUUAGUUUCUCUCACACUUGAGUUCAGUUUAAUUCCUAUUUGUAUCGAUUAUACAAGAGGGGUCACCAUUAAUGGUUCAAAUUAACUUUAAACAAGCAUCUAUGGUUCCUUCGGAAACUCCGUUAUAGGCCUGUCAUAUGAAAGAGACACUGAAGAUGUAGACUCCUGCAUUAUCAGGGGUCGUUCUCACAGUUUCAGCAACUGUACGGCUGAUGCACAAUAGUUAACUCUGUUCUGCCGAGGAGAUCAAAUACUCUUUCACGGCUACGCAGGAAAUGAAUACUCCUUCACGGCUACGCAGGACUUUGCCCCGUUUCCACACAAUACAGCUUCGUCCACGCACCGCACCUAUGUACCUAUCUCCUACAUAAUAAACAAAGCACAUGUGAGUACUAUAUAUAUCACCUAGUUCCACUGAACAAUGCAAACCAAAACGUACUCAGUCCUACAAGUAAGCAAUUCAGACGAGGGCCUGAUCAAACAUGGCCAUCCCAAGGGCUUCGCUCCUUGCCAUCCUUGGCUGCCUCUGUUUCUUUAGUUCUGUCCUUGCAGCUCGAGAACUCAACGAUGACUUGUCCAUGCUCGCAAGGCACGAGAGUUGGAUGGUGCAGUACGGUCGCGUGUACAAGGAUGCUACUGAAAAGGCGCAGAGGUUCGAGAUAUUCAAGGAUAAUGCUCGAUUCAUCGAGUCGUUCAAUGCCGGGGGCCGCAAGUUUUGGCUCAACAUCAACCAAUUUGCGGACCUUAGCAAUGAUGAGUUCAAGGCAACCAAGACUAACAAGGGGUUUAUUCCGAACAAGGUGAAGGUUCCUACAGGAUUCAGGUAUGAAAAUAUGAGCCUUGAUACACUCCCAGCAACGGUGGACUGGAGGACGAAGGGUGCGGUAACUCCCGUCAAAGAUCAAGGCCAGUGUGGUUGUUGCUGGGCUUUUUCUGCUGUUGCUGCAACUGAGGGCAUUGUCAAGAUAAGUACUGGUACUCUUAUCUCACUCUCGGAGCAAGAAUUAGUGGAUUGUGAUGUCCAUGGUGAGGACCAGGGCUGCGAGGGUGGUCUCAUGGACGAUGCAUUCAAGUUCAUUAUCAAGAAUGGAGGCCUUACUAAGGAGUCCAGCUAUCCAUAUUCCGCAGCAGACGGCAAGUGCAAGAGUGGAUCUAGCAGUGCUGCAACUAUCAAGACCUAUGAGGAUGUGCCUACCAGUGAUGAGGGUGCCCUCAUGAAGGCAGUGGCAAGUCAGCCUGUGUCAGUGGCUGUCGAUGGAGGCGACAUGACCUUCCAAUUCUACUCAGGAGGCGUGAUGACUGGUUCCUGUGGUACUGAUUUGGAUCAUGGUAUUGCAGCCAUCGGUUAUGGAACGACAAGUGAUGGUACAAAGUAUUGGUUGCUGAAAAAUUCUUGGGGCACAACAUGGGGCGAGAAUGGAUUUUUAAGAAUGGAAAAAGACAUUGCUGACAAGAAGGGCAUGUGUGGCCUUGCCAUGGAGCCCUCCUACCCCACAGCUUAGCUAGACUACAAAAUGCCACAUAUUCACACACAUACACAAGAUUGAAUAAAUACAUGUCCCUUCUUCUAGUGUUGUAUAUAUGUCUAUAUAUGCUAGUGUUGUAUAUAUGUCUAUAUAUGUUGUAAAUUGUGU